ACGGUCUUGUCCUCUGAGAGGCAGUGCACGAAGCCGACCAACGCGAUCUGGUCGCAUCACUAUCGCAUAUUUAUUUUUAAUUUAAAUUUAAACAAACGAAUUUAUUUAUUUAAACAAACUUUUAAGUGACAAAAUAAAUUUAUAUAUAAAUAAUUUUUAAAAAGUGUUUAUUUAUCGACAAAAAAUGUGGAAAAGUUUAGUGUUUUUUGUGUCCGUUUCAAUUUGGAGUUUUGUGUCAUCACAAGAAUGCACAACUCCUACCGGCAGUCGGAGUAACUGUGUCUCCCUCUACGAUUGCCAGCCUCUUUUCAAUGCCUUCGAACAGCGUCCACUGCCCUCCCACGUGGUCAGCUACCUGAGGAGAUCACAGUGUGGCUUCGAAGGCUACGUGCCCAGGGUCUGCUGUGGACCUUUACCAUCGCAGCAGGAAGCAACAUCAGCGAGGCCUACGCCUGGACCCACCCAGGCUCCAACACAAGGCAGCAGCGAGGUGUUCCCCGAAGACUCUACACCAACUCCAAAGAACCAGUGUGGAGUCGACACGACAGGAGACAGGGUUUAUGGAGGAACCAUCACAGACCUGGACGAGUUCCCCUGGAUGGCUCUCUUGGGUUAUAGAACAAAUAAAGGAACCAUAACGUAUCAAUGUGGCGGUGUUCUGGUGAACCGUCGCUAUGUCCUGACAGCUGCUCACUGCAUCAAAGGUGCUAUAGAGCAGGCCGUAGGAACUUUAACCACAGUUCGCCUCGGCGAGUACGACACUCAACAAGAAGUAGAUUGUAUUGACUCGGUCUGUGCUGACCGUCCGCAAGAGAUUCGCGUGGCUUCUGCCUACCCCCAUCCUGGAUAUUCCGACCAGAACAAGAACAGGCGUGAUGAUAUCGGUAUCGUGAGGUUGGCUACCAGAGCUACUUUUUCAUACUACGUCCAACCAAUCUGUCUAGUAGACAACCGAGCACGUUUGGACGUCGGCACCGAUGUAUAUGUCGCCGGUUGGGGAAAAACCCUGAACGGUCGCAACAGCCCAAUAAAACUGAAGCUUGGUCUCCCAAUAUUCAACAAGGAAGAAUGUGAUGACAAAUACAAAAGACUGGGUGCUAUUCUCGGUGAAAAGCAGAUUUGUGCCGGAGGAGUGUUCGCAGAGGACGCCUGCAGAGGGGACUCUGGUGGUCCUCUAAUGAGGAGGUCUCCAAGUGGAAUUUGGGAAGUCGUCGGUGUCGUGUCCUUCGGCUAUGGCUGUGGAAGAGACGGCUGGCCUGGAGUCUACACCUCCGUAGCCCAGUACAUAGACUGGAUACAAAACACUAUGUCAUCGACCAAUGUUUAAUGCCAUUAUUACUAGUCUAUAUCUUGGAUGCUCCGAAACUCUAAUUCUCACUCAAGAGUUUCGCUCCCAUCCAAUGUUCUUGUGUCAUGUGAUGUAAUUCGUUUUUAAUUUUAGUGAAAUACAAUUUUUAUAAGGAA